GGGGCGUCGAAAUGAGGCAUUUACUAUUUAGACCCCUAUAGGUGUUCUACUGUGUUCUCUUGCCUUCAGAACACACAGAACACAUUUGUUGUACGUUUCAUGUUGUGUGAUCGCUGAAGCCAUGGAACCAAUGUUCUGCGAUGAGUGUGGCGCUCGGACGAAGCAGAGAGAUAACUUCUGCAACCAUUGUGGGAACCAGUUAAGGACAAGAAGGGGCCUGGUUUCGAUGCUGGCGUCACAAAUACCUGCACAGGCAAUUGAAGGAAGAUCUGCGUGUAAACAGUCUGAAGAAGCGUGGAAAGAGUCCGAGAGGCAGACUGCGCGGUUUACUCAGAUACAGAUGGUGUUAACGGAGAAUCGGCAGGUUAACCAGGCUUAUGAUGAUUUAGAAAAGAAGUACCAGAAGGCAAUGGUUGUAUUUAAAGAAAAAUACCGACGGGCUAAGCAGGCUAAUGUUGCUUUGUCGGAGAAACACCAAAAAGUUUUACAAAUUAAUGAAAAACAACAUGAGCAGGCUCUGCAGGCUAAGGAAAUGGAACAUAAACAGGCCAUUCUUGAAAUGGAAUAUAGACAUAGGCUGGCCAUGCAGGAUAGUGAAGAGAGGCAUAAACAAGAUGUGUUGGCUAGGGAAGAGAGGCAUAAACAAGAUGUGUUGGCUAGAGAAGAGAGGCAUAAACAAGAUGUCUUGGCUAGGGAAGAGAGGCAUAAACAAGAUGUGUUGGCUAGGGAAGAGAGACAUAAACAAGAUUUUAUGGCUAGUGGCGAGAGGCAUAAAAAAGAUUUGUCAGCUAGUGACGAGUGGAAUAGGCAUAACUUGUUAGCUACUAACGACUGGAAUAGGCAGGCUGCUCUGGCUAGUAGAGAGGACAUGGAAGAGAGACACAAAGAAGAUUUGCAAGAUUUCAAAGAUACGUAUAUGUUCAGUCAAGCUCUACUGACGGAAGGAUCUGGCAACUAUGGUCUUAAAGACCGGCACUCGAAGAAGAGUCCAAAGAAUCCCGCAAUAUCCCGGCCCGCCCUUCAUACCCGUGCAGACCGGCGACAAAGCAAGCGACGGCUUAUCCCAUCGCCACCCGUCUCCGGUGCCGGAGUCCAUAUUGACCGGCAACAAGACAGGCUACCGUCUUCCCCAUCCCAAACCGCCCCUGACACCAGUACAGCAGCCGGUGUAGACCAGCGGCAGGACAGGCCACCGUCCCCCGAAUCCCAACCCCAACCCAGCCCUGCCGUCGGUACAGUCUAUGUGGAGCCGCAGCCCAGGCCACCGUCGCCAUGGGAGGAGGACGUAAACUGCUAUUCAUCUAUAAGUCACAAAGACAUCGCAGACUUCCUUCGUAACCACCGGGAGCGCCUUACAGACACAGACCGUAAACUUCUACAGGAAGCCAUGACACUUGUUGUGCCCGAGUCUAAUUGGGUUCUGAACCACGCAGAGAUAACUGUGUACGGAGAGCAAAUGACGGUAGUUUUCUAUUCUGGUGAAAGAACCAACAAAUAUGUGGUGCGACUUGACUCGGAACUUAACCCAAUCCAUGAGGUGGAAGAAAGGGGAUGGGGUCUUUCGGCGCGCGACGCCGCCCUGAGCGGCUGGGAUUGGACUAAAGAUGCGGUUCGAGGCGCGGUUAGCACGGCGGCUGGGGCUGCCGCUGGUGGUAGUCUGACCGGUAUAACUAGUGGUUUGAUUGGUGUCUGCAAGUCACUAGUAUGGAAGGAGAAGGAGGAGAAGGAAGGUGAUAAGCAGCAAUAG